CUUGCAAUCGCGCACAGCCAACCCUAAGGUUUGCCUUCAGGGCUGCUUCUGCUAAGUUAACAUGGAACAGUUUGAGGUCGUAAUCUGCUGUUGGACCAUUAAGCUUUCCUCUUCACUAACCCUCCAUUUUUGCAGUCAGUAUUUGAGUUCUAAUACCCACUUACUGGGUGCCCUGACCUUGCCAGGCAUAUAUGGCAUUUCCUCCCCUCCUGGAGGGCAAAAAUCAUAAGGUAUGGAGGAUAACAUACUUUCAUAAGUAAAGUCGAUUCUGAAAGUCGAUUCUUUCGCUCGAACCCCUAAGAAAGCUAAAAUUCUGCUACACGUGUGUCCGUUGAGAUGUCUGCUGUAAGAAACUGCAUGAUGACGCCUGGUUAUCCCAACAGGGUUUUACGUUACUCUGGUAGUGAACCGAUGGUGGAACCAAUUUGUGAAUCUGCCUUGGCCAGACAGGCUGAUGUUCCUCAUCUCCAGCAGUGUUCACGGGAGCGACCAGCAUGGGCGCCUCCUCAGAAGGACGCUGAUGCGCUACGUCAACCUCACGUCCCUGCUCAUCUUCCGCUCUGUGAGCACCGCCGUGUACAAGAGGUUUCCCACCAUGGACCACGUGGUCGAAGCAGGUUUUAUGACAGCAGAUGAGAGGAAAUUAUUUGACCACCUCAAAUCGCCUCAUCUGAAGUACUGGGUUCCGUUCAUUUGGUUUGGAAAUCUUGCAACCAAAGCCCGGGAUGAAGGCAGAAUCAGAGACAGCGUCGAUCUACAAUCACUAAUGACUGUCGUCACUCUGGCCGUCUACACAUUCUUCUUCGCCUGCUUGAUUGGACGGCAGUUCCUGGAUCCCACCAAAGGCUAUGCAGGGCAUGACUUGGAUCUGUACAUUCCUAUCUUCACCCUCCUCCAGUUCUUCUUCUAUGCAGGAUGGCUCAAGGUUGCUGAGCAACUGAUCAACCCUUUUGGGGAAGAUGACGAUGACUUUGAAACAAACUGGUGCAUUGACAGAAACCUGCAGGUCUCUCUCUUGGCUGUGGAUGAAAUGCACAUGAGCUUACCCAAGAUGAAGAAGGACAUCUACUGGGACGAUUCUGCGGCCAGGCCGCCAUACACGCUGGCAGCUGCCGACUACUGCAUACCGUCCUUUCUCGGCUCGACUAUCCAAAUGGGGCUGUCCGGGUCCAACUUCCCCGCGGAGGACUGGCUGUGGAACUAUGAGAAACACGGCCACCGACACUCGGUGAUGAGGAGGGUCAAGCGCUUCCUGAGUACCCAUGAGCACCCCAGCAGCCCGAGGAGGAGGAACUUCGGCAGGCAGGCCAGCGACAGCUCCAUGUUCUUUCCCCCAAGCCCAGCUCGGGAUCUGCUGGAUGUGCCCUCAAGGAACCCCCACCGAGGCUCACCCACCCGGAAGCAAUCCCACUCCCAAGAGAGCAGCCCCAAGCUGCACUCCAGCAUGGGAGAACUGUCCACCAUCAGGGAGACCAGCCGCACCAGCACGCUGCAGAGCCUGAGCCUGCAGUCCAGUGUGAGAUCCUCCCCUACCAAAAUGCCCCAGGUCCCCGAGGUCCUAAUCACCGCAGCUGAAGCACCCACGUUAUCACCAGACAACCAUCAGCAUGACUCCGCUACCUCCAUCUUGAGCCUCGAGUUCACUGGGGUGCAGCCAAGCGGGACUGGGCAGCAGAUAGAGCCCUCAGGGAAGGCGACCCCAACUGGAGACCCCAAUCCCCAGACUAUUUCAGCCAGUACUGAAAGAGACUUGUUCAAGUUUGAGGAAGAUCUAGAUGAUGACAGAUUCCCCAAAAGGUGGAGCCUGCCAGAGUUUCGGGAGUCCAGGCACACCUCGCUGGGAAACUUAGGCCCGGAUCCUGUGACUCCCAGGGAUGCUCUUUUACUGGACCCAGAAACAUCCUCAGAGACCAACGGAAUCCAUCCUGAGGCUGGCUCUGCCGUCUCUCCUGACAUCCUGUACUUAAUGGAAAACUUGGAUAAGGAAACAGACAUCCUAGAGUUUAACAACGACCACACUGAAGAAUCCUCUAAGGGAACACCACAGUGCCCCAGGACCUGGUUCUAGCCCAGCUUCCUACUUUACUGCACCAGUCCGGAACCGUCCCCAGAAACUGGCUGGCAUUUAGAGAAAUGAUCCUACUUAGAAAUCUGAAGGGCAUUAUGAUUCUGCCAAACACAAACAUAUCCACAUGGUCUAGCACAAAGGGGCUUUCAUGGAAGUGGUACAGCCCAAAAUGAUUAGCAUAACCAAAUGAGGGAUAUCAUAUAAAUGUAUAUAGCUUAUACACCUAGAUUAACUUUGGAAAGAGUCAAAACAGAUCAUAGUCUAAUCCUAUAGAAACAAAGGCCCGGACACAAAGGGGUCUGGUUCUUUCCUGGCUCCUUCCCGUACCUCUCUCAUUUUCCUUUAGCUACAGAGACAAGAAAUAGACCAUACCAUACCAUCCCAUCCCAUCCCAUACCAUACCAUACCAUACCAUACCAUGCCAUGCUCUGAGGCCCUUUUCUGCUUAUAGUUGUUCCACUGACUUCCCAGCCACCUCACACCCACCUUCUGUAUCAAUUGUUACCAUCUUUCCACAACUCUUAAACUCCCUCAGCACCAGAAAGUUCCAUUUCUCUUCAAGAACUAUCUCAUUGUCUGAUCUUCAUUUUUCUCUCUCCCUCUUUCCUCUUCCAUUUUUCCUCUUCCCUUCUCCCCAGUCUAGCUCCUCCCAUGACUCUAAUCUGUCCCUCUUUCCAACUCUGUCACGUGUUCAAACUAUGAAACGAUGGUACGGGAAUCUAACACACCCAGCCUCCCAUGCUUUCUAGCAUUGCCAAAAGAGGUGUGUGUGGGUUGAUGGUAUCCACCACUAUCUCAAACCUCUGCUCCUCCUGCUGCUCCUCCUACUCCUCCUGCUCCUCCUCCUCCUCUUCUUCCUCCUGCUCCUCCUCCUGCUUCUGCUCCUGCUCCUCCUGCUCCUCCUCCUCCUGCUCCUGCUCCUCCUCCUUCAUCUUGGACACAGGAGAAAAACGAAGCUAAGGGGAUAUAAAAACUGCAUAGCGGAGUGCUACACCACCAAAGGAUGACAUGGUUUGGAUCUGCUGAACACAGUCCUAAACAAAACCAUCCCAAUUGUGUCACAGCAUGGGACCAGUUACUGUGUCAAUCAGGUUGUCUUAUUAUGAAGCAGGACAUUAGAGCUUUGUGGAUUACAGGGUCCAGGACCACACAAUGAAAACACAGUUGCCUAUUGCCUUUCAGAAGCCUGCGGGUUACAUUUUGCAAGCUCGCAACCUUGAAAAGCUUUGUGUCCUGAGCACUAGCCUUUCCACCUUCUUGUCAUGAAGCUUGAGAUGUGGCUUCAGAAACAAGAAACUCUAACAGCAGUGACACUGGCUGGGUGUCUCGUGCUCCUUAUAGUCACAUCUGAAGUCCAUAGAUGAGCUCAGAAUCCCUGAAGGAGACCAAUGAGACCAAUGUACGUUUAGCCUCACUUUAUGGAUGAAAACAAACACAUCAGAGAACUCAUUUUCCUGAACUCACAUAGCCAGGCUUAUCUGGCUCAAGAGCCCACACUUCCUUACUAUACCAUGCUGCCUGGAAGGCCUUGAAUCUGCCAGCACUUUGCCCCAGCUUCUAGAGGAUGCUCCAAGGCAGCUAAGCAUAGGUUUGUGCUAAACCUCUCCAGCCCUGGAGACCUCUCUGGAUCUUCCCUGCUCAGGACAAUCUUCAGCCACAGAGGAGAGCAGAGCUUCCGUCUUUGAGCCCUAGCUAUGUUCUUCAUGUGUCAUUACAGAAGAAAGCUGGCAAGAACCUCCCAUUCCUUCCCCAUCACACAGACCCCAUGUGUUGUAUUGUAAUAAGUGCAUUCCCACAAGACCUCAAAUCUCAACAGGCCUCUCAAGGGGCAAAGGCAAUGAUCCCUCCCUUAACCGGCUUUUCUUAAAGGACUAAAAUGAUUUGCUAGUAGAAGAAA